UGCUAAUGCACUCUUGAAAGUGAGUAAUGCCGCCGUGGGCAGAGGGACGUCAAUAGCUCCCUGUGAUUCCGAGAAAAAACUUUGAAGGACGAAGGAGAUAGAAUGGGCCAUUCCAAGGAGCAAUUGCUCGCUCGUUUGCAGGAGCUGCAAAUCGAUUUCGCCAGGAGUGACCACCCUGUUGUUAUGACAGUUGAAGCUCAGGCAAAAUAUGUUGGGAAUAUAAAAGGUGCACUGUGCAAGAACCUAUUCUUGAAGGACAAGAAAAAUAGAUUUUAUAUUGUUUCUGCUCUGUCAGAGACCAAAGUAGAUCUGAAAGUUUUGUCUCAGAGGCUUGGUUUGGGGAAGGGAGGUCUAAGAAUGGCACCUGAAGAAGCCUUUACAGAAGUCCUUCAGGUGCCACUAGGUUCUGUUACUCCUUUUGCACUUGUAAAUGAAUCAGCAAGGCAUGUUUCUUUGGUGUUAGAUCGAGGGCUUAAGACUCAAGAACGUUGCAUCUUCCAUCCACUCUCAAAUGAUACAUCAAUUGCUCUUAAUGCCCGUGACCUUGACAAGUUUUUGAAUUCAAUUGGAAAAACUCUUGCCUAUGUUGAUCUGGAGGCUAAUCCUCCAAUUGGAAAGGAUCAACCUCCUGAUCUAGCUGCCCUUGUUCCAUCUGAUGCAAUAGUCCUACCAGACUUACCUGAAAAAGCAUCUCUUUUGCAAGGUCAUGAACACAGUGGACACAAGUUACACAACGACAUUCCAACAAACAAUAAAUCAAUUAUACCUGCAGUAGUGAAAUCUGUCAAGCCAUCAGUAGAUUCACAAAAGAAAUCAACAAAUGUUUUGGGCCUGGCAAAUAGUUUUGCUGAUCCUAACAAAUUUGUGGAAGAAGUCUUGGAAAAAACAUCUGCUAUAAUUCUCUCAGAGAUCAAAGUGGAGAAUGCAAAGCAAGAUGGGGAGCAACUUGGCACUGCAUUAGUUGCUGAUCUUAGGAAAAGGCUUUCAGAGGAGCUGAAGAGCAUGGCUACAAUGUUCAAGAAUGUGGCAUAUACUGAAGGAUUUGCUGCUGGUACUUGCAACCAGCCAAAGCGGCUAUGAAACAAGCAGGCAGUAUUGGUGACUGGAAUUCUUGAUGAUAUACAAGAGGCUCAUUCAAGGAAGCUGAUACGGUCUAAAUGGUACAAUGUCAUCAUUUCCUCAUGUUAAAAACUGUUCUUGUUUGAGUUCGAAAGCAUUAAUAGUCAUAGAUCGAGAUUCUAGAGACGAUGUUUGCAAUUUGAAUUCAGUUUCUGAUUUUGCACGAAUAUAUUGAACGUAAGUGUGCUAAUGUCUUUCAUGAAGAAAUAGAACUUUAUUCGUUCCACCCA